GCAAAGAAUUCUUCCUAGGAAAAGACAAUUAUAAAUAGAUCUUUUCCUUCUCGUUCCUGCUUUUCCUGGUCCCACUUCCCUACUUCUCUGGGACCGAUACUUGUGGGUGUUACCUUAAGUGUGAUGAUUUGAGUACUGAAAAGCUUUCUAUUUUCCUCCCCCUUAAGGGUUUUUAAAAGCAAGCCUAGACGUCGCAGCAACCUAAGCAAGCUUGAAAACGUUCUCUUCUCCGCCACAAAACCGGGCUUUUCGAAUGACUGUCCUUUUGAUUUUAGCUUUCUGUACGCAUCCUCCCUUCCCCACUGGUUUGCGCAUGUCCAGUUGAACCAAUCAGUUGAAGGCCAGAUAAACUGUGGCAAUUUUCUUGCCCCAACCCGCAAUACUCCUCUCAACCCAUAAGACAAGAUCUAGCUAGAUCGGGCUACCUACCGCUUCCCACACUUACUCACCCCUUUCCCAACCUUGAAAGGAACACAUCAAACCUCUCCUCCCACAUUCACUCUCCCCCGAUAAUUAGCUGCGGGGUCCAGGCAUUUUCCCAAUCAGCUUGGAUUUUCCAAAAUCCCUUCCUGUUCUUUACAGUAAGUGGAAAUAAAGUUUGUACUCUUUAAGCGGGGUAUGGCUAAACAAAUUGGGGUUCUUGAUUUAAGGUAUUCUGCUGGGCAUAAAAAACGAACGAUAGAAGAAUUUAGGGAGAGAGGUUCAUUUUUUUAAAAACAUUAUUCUUUAAAAGCCCUCUAAAUCUAAAUCUAAAUCCCGCUUCCCCUCCCCUCCUCCCCAUUCCCUGUGACUGCCUUCUAGAUCAUCCAUUAAAUGCCCUCACCUAUGAUUCCUGCGGUUCGGUUUUCCGACCGGCCCCCUAUUGUGACGAUAGUUCCACGGACUGGACGAAUCCAUCGGCACCCGGGUUACAGUCUCUUAGAUACUAACGCUAACUGUCCGCUUCGCUUCAGCUGCGAGCCUAGGAAGAAGCGGACGGAAGCUGCAUUUUUGUAGAAGGAGCUGCACCGUUCCUUGAAGUUUUUCUGUUUUGAACACCUCCAAUUACGAUGAGUGGCAAAGAACAAGAGGGAUCGGACUACUUCCAGAACGCAACCCUGUCUGUGAGAUGGGUGCAAGGAUUCCCUAUGAAGGAAUUGGCUUUUAUCAACAACACCACAAUUUGCUACCCUUGUGGGAAUUUUUUAAUUUUUUUAAAUAUUGAAAAAGAGAGAAAGACUGUUCUACAGUGUAUGAAUGGAAACGUGGGUGCUGUGGCAACUAAUAUUCCUUUCGAAGUGGUGGCUUUUUCAGAUCGGAAGUUUAAGCCCUCCAUCUACAUAUACAACUACCCUGCACUGACCAAAAGGGCAAAAUUAAAAGGGAAUGCUCAGUUGGACUACACUUUACUUCAAUUUAGUCAUUCUGGCAUAUACCUGGCUAGUUACUCUUCGAUUCCUGAACAUGAAGUAACACUCUGGAAUUGGGAAACAAAGGUUAUUUUGUGUAGAAGAUCAGAACCAGGUGUAGAAAUAAAACAGAUGACUUUUAACCCCAAAAACUGGCGCCAGCUGUGUUUAUCCAGUGAAGAUUAUAUGGCUAUAUGGAAUAUUGAAAGAUGUGACAAGGAUCAUUAUUUAAAACCAAAGCAAAUAAAUAUGCCUUCAGAGGAUGGUACUUUUUCAAAAGAGUAUGAGGGAAUCCUCUCCCAAGAUAUCAAAGAUCCUUUCUAUGGACCUGUGUUACCAGUUGCUGCCAUUGCUGGGCUAGUUGGUUUAGAAGCAGAAAAUUUCAAGCCUAAAGAUUUUUUUCAACCCCCGCUUCAUCCUGUUGCACACUGUUGGAACUCAACAAAUGACAUUUAUGUUUGCUGUGAAGAAGGUCAAAUUCUAUUGAUUAAUGGAGAAAGUCUGCUUGUCACUAUACUCUCACAGGUUUCUGAGACACCAGAAGCAUUUAGGGCUACCUGGGCACCUCCAUCCUUGAUGACAUCUGCUGAGAACCUUAUUAAAGAAGAUGAAGAAAACUAUUCUAAGGGCCACAGAAUCAAUUCCAUGGCAGUUUAUAAAGAAAAACUAUUUAUUGCUGGAGAGGAUGGCAUUUUGUGUUCUGUUCAUAUCAAGGAUUAUAACUACACCAUAAAAGACCAAAUAAAUGUGCAAAGUCCUGUGGAGAGUAUUUUCUUUUCUCCUGAUUGUAAACAAUUAUUAAUUCUAACAGAUACGGGAUCCAUUUUUUCCUAUGUGCCUGAAGAAAGUAAAAACAUUCAAACAAUCUUGGAGGCAAGUACUACCAAGGUGCAGGCAAUUGACUUUAUCACACCUGGAAACCAAUACUGCAUGUCAAUAACUGUUUCAGGAGAAUUUUAUAUUUGGAUGGCAGAAGAUGGAUUUCCUAUUAGUAAGUUAUGCCUUAAAACUAAGGUAGGUGCUAUGGCUUGCUGCCCCUCCUCGUUUUCAGUGGCUGUGGGGACCACUACAGGACGUUUAUUGAUCCUUAAUGUUUAUGAUGUCCAAAAUCCAAGACUUGUUCACAAUAUCCUUCUGACCAGUGCUUCUAUACAGCAUAUGAAUUAUGACCAAAAUGGUAUGUUCUUGAUAAUUGGAGCAUCUGAUAGAAAUGUCUUCAUUUUAAGUGCCAAAGCUUCAGAAAUAUUCAAGAUUAUUGGAUAUACAGAGGUGUGUGGUAACAUUUUACAAAUAUCAACGGUUAGUCUUUGGAAUGCCCAGGAAAGUAUAGUAAUGAUCCUUACUGAACCUUCAGAAGAUAGAAGAAGUAAGAUAGAAAUACUCAUUCUGAAAGAAUCAAUCAUAAAAGAUAGUGACCUAUGUAGUGAUGAAAGAGGAAGACUGAAAAAUGAAUUCAUUUUGAGAACAGUGUACGAAACAGAUCAUAUAUUGUCCUCUGCUGUCUUGGAUUUCCACGAUGACAAAUUAUAUGGUUUUUGUAGUCAGGAACCAUAUAUCUGUACAUUUGAGAUUCCUAAAAAGAAAAGCAAAAGCGUGGUUCUCGAACUGCAGAAUAAAAUACCAAGUAAACAUUAUGGAACUGGAAUGUUGUAUCUGUCAUUUCAUGGCCAGUGGCUGGUAUCAAUUGCCAAAGAUGGGAUACUAAGCAUCCGUGAUAUUAAGAGUUUGGAACCAUUUGUCAGGUCACGAUGCCAUUCUUACCAUGGAGAAGGAAUUCAGUCAAUGGCAUUUUCAUUAGAUGGCCAAUUCAUACUAAUGAAUGGCAAAGAAGAUGGUGCCCUUGUUUGCCUUAAAUGGAAGACUAUAAUGGGAAUUCUAAUUCAUGAAUGCAUUGAAUAUCUUGAGGUCUAUCUACCCUCUAUGAAAAAAAGCAUCGAGGAGGAAGAGAAAUUUUUUUUCGAAAUGAAAGAUUCACAGCUCUUUUUGGAUACAUUAUAUGAACAAUCAGGCUAUCACAAAAAACACUCAUUUACUGAGGCCAAGAUCUCAGAUGAGGCCUAUGAAGUUGAAAUUACCUGGUUACAAAAGAAAAACAGAGAGGCCAUCAGAAAAGAGACUAAAGAGUUCAGUGAAAAAAAGAGGCAACUAAAAGAUGGAAUCAAAUCUCUGAAUAAAACUAUUCAGGAUAUGCUGAUGGAAAAUGAGUUAGCAGAUUAUAUUGCACAACUAGACCAAAAAGAAUUCAGUCUAGAUGUUGAAGAAAUUGAAAGACUUUAUGAAGAACGUGAAGAAGAACUGGAAAAGUUGAAAAAGGAAGCAGAAAUGGACAAUCUAGCAAAGAAGUUUUUAUGUCACGUUUUGAAAGAAGAAUGCUGGGACUCCAUGAAAACAAAAGGCACAUCAAUUAAGUCCUUUCAUAACUGUUUGGAGGUUAAAAAUUUCCCAAUGAAAGAACGCAAUCCAGAAGAGCUGGAAGAACUGGAGAGAGUUUUUCAGCUAAGGAAGAUUGAAAUAGCUGAAUAUCAACUACGGAAGGAAAUUGCAGAAGUUUUACCCACAGCUUUAAAAAGACAUGAAAUCGAGGAGGAGGAGGAGGAAGAAGAAGAGGAACCAAAAAUAAAAGAGAGCGGCUUUCUCAAUUAUUUAUUUGGCAGCUUGAGUUAUGAGCUUCUUGAAGACACAAGUUUGUUAUAUAGCCAGUUAGAACUUCAUACCAGAGAAGAGAAAAUCAACCAGAUAAUACUACUGAAGGACAUUAUUUAUAAUAUCAAAACUAAUUUCAAUAAGGAAUUUACUAAUGCACAUCGACAAAAGAAUUUGGAAAUUGCACGAGUGAAGGAAAGAAAUGUAAAUAUUGGUAGAAUUAUUGAUGAUCUCAACCUUAGAGAAAGGAUCUGGCAACCAGAACUUGAAGUCUGUGAAAAUCCAGAGAGGAUGCUAGUUGUAGAAGAUCAUGAGAUAAAAGUUGAAAGAAUCCUUACCCCAUGGGAAAAAGAACAAGCAGAAAUUGCUGAAGCUCUUGAGCUGGAAAGACUUCUUUUAUUUCAGGCAGAUGAUGCAAGACAACGAGCUUUGAUGGAUAUGAUGGGUGGAGUUCUACAAGUCAAGAAAGAAGAUAUUUUGAAGAUGGAAAUUCCUCCACCUGCCUUUACAUUAAAAUCUGAUGCUGUAUGGACUGAAGAUGAAAGGAAACAAUUCAAGGAGUAUGAGAAAAAAGUCAAAGACUUAAAUGAUGAAAGGGAGAAGUAUAAAAAGUCAUUGGAUGCUGAAUUAAAGAGACUUCAAACCUCAGUUUAUGACACAACUCAAACUUUUGAUAAAAUUUUGAAAAGACUCUUUGGAAAGAAGGUGAAAUGUGAUAUGGUUAUCAACCAGGAAGAAUUAAAAAUAGCCAUCAUUUCUUUCUCUUUGCUGAUAGAUGAAGAACUGCUAACAAGAGAAUUAGAAUUGAACAGUUUCCUUGAAAGAAAACAAAGUGAAAAAAUACGUACUUAUGAUGACAUCUACAAUGCUCGUGAAAAACUUGAUGCUUACAGAGAAACUUAUGACAUCUUAAUUGCAGAGGACAAAGUUCUGGAACGAGGAUUUAAAAAAGAAUUUUCUGAGCUUCCUACUUCUCUGGUUGAGACUCUCUACAAAAUGUUCAAACGCCGACCAAGGCAACAUAAGCAAAAGCGACCAGAAGGAGGGCAAAGAUUUACCCCUUAUGAUGAUGAGCAAGGGUUUAUCCAUCUUCAUCAGGAAAACCUUACCCAAUUAAUGAAGGCCAUGAAAGAACUGGAUAAUCCUCAUAAUAUGCCAGAAGGUUUAGAACUUUCAGUCUGGAACAAUUUUUGUGCUCUAAGAAGAUCAAAAGUGGAAAAUGAACAAAAAGUAAAGCAAAAAGCCCUUGUUUUGCUGGAAAUGCAGACCUUCCUCCGGAAGAGAACUGAGGAUGAUGAUAAGGUGCAAGCGGACAUUGAAAAAUGUCUCCAGGAAAUCCACUUAUUACAAGAAGAGAAAAUGAAUUAUCAGCUGAAUUCAACAAUUCAAAUCUUGAUUACACAAGGGCAAGUGGAACUGGAAAAUUUCCAUUUUGUUUUAGAUUUCACAGACUCCAUUCUCAUUAACAGGGUUUUAAUUGAAGACAUAAAUUCUAUAGUCCGGACCCAAGGUCAAAAGAAAAUUGCCAGCAUGAUAGAAAGUAAAAAUUUUCACAAUGGGAUAACUCAGAUUGAAUGGGAACAUAAGAAAAUGGAGAUGGAAAUGGAAGAUUUAAACCAAAAGGCUUGGGAUAUUCAGAUACUGUUUCUUUCAAAAGAACGUCAAAAGUUCCUAAAGGAAGCAAACUAUGAGAUCCUAGUGGGCCACGAGAUUUUUAUAAUGGAGCAGACUCUUGCUAAUAUGGAAAAAACUCACAAAAGAGAGGUGGACUACUUCAAAAAAUUACUCAAGCAACUGGGAAAAUGUAGAAAUAAAGAAGAUGCAGCAAAUUUUACUCUUUCUUGUGAACUACGAAAUGAAAUGGUGUCUCUCUGUGAAAGAAGAGAAAUCUGUAAAACAAUUGGAUCUCAGCUGACUUGUGAAAAUAUUGCCAACAAACGAUAUGAAGCUAUGCUGCAGCAACAAAAGCUUAUAGAUGUUACAAAAAUUCAGGCUGAACAGAUUUCAAUUCUGCAGGCAGAGGUUGAAAGACUAAGAAUGAGAACAUUUCCUGCACUCAUUCAAAUGUAGAAAUACUGAUAGAAAACAAGACAUCACAAUUUUUUAAUUAGUUCUCAUGCUUGAAAUUUCUUUUCUCCAAUGAUAGAAAAACUAAAUACUCUUAAUUUACUGUCCUCUAUCUCUGUCCCUUAAUAGAAAUCGUUGGUCCCUACAAAAUUGUAGAAAUAAAAGUUUUGUUCUGCAUAAAUAAGAGUGUCAAAUACUACAAUAAUGUUCUUUCUAAAAGCAAUGAACAAAAUUUGCACUAAGAUUAUCAGGAAAAUUUUAAAAAGUCUGUUCUAUUAAUUUACCUAUAGAUUUGGCAUUUGUUUUUAAAAAUAAAGCAUGAAAUAUACAUGG